AUGAUAUUAGGACGGACUACGGAUGUCAGUUUUGAACAAUAUUCAACAGUUACUGAUGGUAGCACCACAACUGAUCCUGUAUCGUCAAAGCAAUCAACAAAUGCCAGUCCUGAGCCACGUUCAACAGUUACGAGUGGCAGUUCCUCAACUGAUCCUGUACGGUCAACGCAAUUAACGAAUGCCAGUUCUGAGCCACGUUCAGCCGUUACGAAUGGCAGUUCCACAACUGAUCCUGUACCGUCAACGCAACUAAGAAAUGGUCAUGAGCCACGUUCAACGGUUUCGAAUGGCAGUUCCACAACUGAUCCUGUACCGCCAACGCAACUAAGAAAUGCCAGUCCUGAGCCACGUUCAACGGUUUCGAGUGGCAGUUCCACAACUGAUCCUGUACGGUCAACGCAAUUAACAAAUGCCAGUCCUGAGCCACGUUCAACGGUUUCGAGUGGCAGUUCCACAACUGAUCCUGUACGGUCAACGCAAUUAACAAAUGUCAGUCCUCAGCCACGUUCAACGGUUUCGAGUGGCAGUUCCACAACUGAUCCUGUACGGUCAACGCAAUUAACAAAUGUCAGUCCUGAGCCACGUUCAACGGUUUCGAGUGGCAGUUCCACAACUGAUCCUGUACGGUCAACGCAAUUAACAAAUGCCAGUCCUGAGCCACGUUCAACGGUUUACGAGUGGCAGUUCCACAACUGA